GUGACCUGUUCUCUGAUUGGUCUUUGAUCCCCGUCAGUCAUUGUUGUCGCCGCCCUCUGAUAAUGCAGCAUGGGCGAAAAUACCAGACUCGAGAGCUACAGCUGAGGAAGCAGAUAUCUCUACUGUCAACGAUUUUGGACGAUUGAACGAAAGUGAUGUUCCAACAAUGCCGAUAGUGGAUAAACUCAAAGAGGCAUUAAAACCCGGACGAAAGGAGACAAGUGAUGAGGGCGACCUCAACAAACUGUUGGCCUCCUCUGCCAAGAAGGUCCUUUUGCAGAAGAUAGAGUUUGAGCCUGCCAGCAAGGGUUUCUCCUAUCAGCUGGAUAGCCUGAAAAACAAAUAUGUGAUCCUCAAUCCCAGGAAUGAGGGUGCUACAAGCCAGAAGGCCUCAGAGCCUGCCCAAAUAAAGAGGCAAGUCUCAGAGAACGUGGUUGGGGGUCAGAGUGAUGGGAUCCCAGCCCCGCAGAAGAUGCUCUUUCCGGGGAACAAGCUUACCCUUAAAUGGGAGCGCGUGUACAGGGUGGGAGCCGGCCUCCACAACCUAGGGAACACCUGCUUCCUCAACUCCACAGUGCAGUGUCUCACCUACACACCACCACUUGCCAACUACUUACUCUCAAAGGAGCACAGCCGUGCCUGUCAUCAGUCAGGCUUUUGUAUGAUCUGUAUAAUGCAGAACCAUAUCAUCCAAGCCUUUGCCAACACAGGCAAUGCCAUCAAGCCUGUCUCCUUCAUCCGAGACCUGAAAAAAAUUGCAAGACAUUUUCGCUUUGGAAGCCAGGAGGACGCCCAUGAGUUUUUGCGAUACACCAUUGAUGCCAUGCAGAAAGCCUGUCUCAAUGGCUACCCUAAGCUUGACAGGCAGACCCAGGCCACAACGCUGGUUCACCAGAUCUUUGGAGGUUACCUCAGGUCAAGAGUGAAAUGCUCUAUUUGUAAAAGUGUGUCGGACACGUACGACCCUUACCUGGACAUCGCUGUGGAGAUUCGGCAAGCAGCAAACAUUGUGCGAGCCCUGGAACUGUUUGUUAAACCAGACGUACUGAGUGGAGAAAAUGCCUACAUGUGUGCCAGGUGCAAAAAGAAAGUGCCAGCGACCAAGCGUUUCACAGUCCAUCGAACAUCUAAUGUACUGACCCUUUCGCUGAAGAGGUUUGCCAACUUUAGCGGAGGAAAAAUAACAAAGGAUGUUGGUUACCCAGAAUUCCUGAACAUCCGUCCUUACAUGUCUCAGAGCUCAGGCGAUCCUGUUAUGUAUGGCCUCUAUGCUGUCCUGGUGCACUCUGGCUACAGUUGUCAUGCUGGCCACUACUACUGCUAUGUCAAGGCAAGCAACGGACAAUGGUACCAAAUGAAUGAUUCAAUGGUGCACUCUAGUAACAUCAAAGUGGUCUUGAACCAGCAGGCUUAUGUGCUUUUCUACUUAAGGAUCCCUGACACCAAGAAGAAUACAGAUGGCCAAUCCACCAAGCAGGGGAUGUUGCAUCCUGGGAAGAACAGCGUGUCAUCUGAACAGAUAAAGAGGGCCAACCUGAAUGGGCCUCUUUCCUCCCCGCAGGUCACAAAGAAACUUGAGCCUGCACAGCUGCGUAAGAUCCAGUCGAUGGAUGGUGGUUUGGGCCUCCCCAUUUCCAGAAAUGGUGUGAACUCUCAGCCACAGCCCAGACUUUCCAACUGGACGUCAUCCUCCAAUGGCCCGCCAAAGCUGCCAGGUGGACCCACGGUUAUCGAGGAACCUUUCAAGAAGCUGAAGAAGCCCUCUCCCCAGAGCCAAGCGCAGUCACGCUGCAAUACUCCGACCCCUUCCAACAACGGGGUCAGCAGGACGGAGGGAGAGAAAAAGCAAAAUGGCGAGGGCAGAGGCAUGGCAGCGUCUACCUCAAUUAAGUCUUUGUCUGACUCUUCCUCUGCUGACACUACUGACUCGAAGGGCCAGGAUUCAGUGGGCCCCAAAAGUGCACCGGUAGGAGAAACUCCCUCCACCCCGAGGAAAGGCUCUAAUGGCCUGGCAUCUCCAGCUAAGAGCGUGGAGCGCUCUCAGAGCACAGAGGAGCAGAAGACGGCUAAAAUAAAACCCCCGGCCCUCAACAACAUCACAUCUGAAGCCACCAGCACCAUGUCACCUCCACCUGCCAAGAAACUGGCCCUGUCAGCCAAGAAGGCUCGCAGCCGGAGUCCGAGCAGCAUUGAUGCUCUGCCCCCUUUGCCACGCCAGCUGUCCAGUGACCCCACGCAUCAAAAUCAACUUAACCCCCUCACCUUUGCCUCAUCUACUCACACUCACAGAGCUGAUCCAUUCCAUUCACCAAAAGUCCAGUCAUCUCAACCUUUUGCCCACUCAAGUGGAUCGUUGAAAAAACAGAGCCCUCAGAAACAGUCCCUUCUCUCCACACUGCAAAAACCAAAUGCCAGUCUUUCUCUCAUAACCAAUGGGCUUCACAGUGCCAGCCCAAAGAGUCCCAAGUCUUCCAGCAACCUCAGCUCCUUUGCCCGAGAACCAGACGCCAACAGCCCUCCAGCUUCAAAGGUCAACCAUAAGAAGAAGAAAAAGAAGCGUAGGCGUUCUGAGGUGAAGGGCGAGGCAGAACCAGUCACACCACCAGCUGCAGUGACGCCAUCGCUGACCAAACUUCUGGAAUCAGCUAGCGAGAAGAAACGGAAGAAGAAGAAGAGAAAGCGAAAGAGGGAGAACGAGGAUGGUGAGAAAGUGAAGGAGAGGGAGUGCAUCCCGUCUCAUCUGGACACAUCGGCCCAGGAAGAGGAUUGGUGUCAAGGUGGUAUAUGGAGUCUUACAUCCCAUCCAAAUACAGAACAGUCUGAGCAAAGGCCUCCGUUAGCUGCCGCAACCCCAACACAGUGCGAGUCCAUUCAGAAAGAACAGGGAAGGCACUCUGUGAAGUUGAAAAAGAAGAAAAAGAAGAUGCAUCUGGCAGAGGCUCAGCAGGACACAAUUUCAGCAUGCUCUGCCUCAGAAAACAGCGCUUCUGAGACAAAAGCCGCGGUCAGCCAGAAUGACACGGGGGAUUUGAUCAUGUUGAAAAAGAAAUUAAAGAGGAAGAAGAAGAGGCUAAAAGAAGAGGUGAGACUGUGGGGGGAGGGCAGACGUUGCUCGGAUGGACGGGACGACGAGCCCGAAGAAGUGGAGCCCCCUUCCAAAAAGAACGCAGCAGAGAACGGCAAAAUAAGCAAACAAAGCACAGCCACAGUGGUAGUGUGGGACAGCCAAGUGAAGGACGGCUACAAACGCAGCAAGGUGCCAAUGGCUGAUGGAAGCGAGUCGGGAGACACCUCAACACGUGUUGCUCCUGUGGCCUGGGAUGGGAAAAAGACAAGCGGGGUGGUAGAAGAGCUGCUCAAGAACUCCUCAGACAAGGCCUAUGGAGCCAAUGUCCUUAGCUGGGAUGGAGAGGUCUCUGCUAUUAGUAGAGAUGCUGUUGAAGAUGUCCGCCAAGCCAAGUGUGACACUGUGAUCGAUGAGUGGGAUGAAGAGUUUGACAGGGGAAAGGUGAAGAAAAUGAAAAACUAUAAAAGAGAGAAGUGGAGAAGCGGCAGCAGCAUCUUCCAGAAGAUCCAGGACAGGCGGAACAAGUGGUCUGUAACAUCUGGAGGGAAGAGAAUUUUUGGAGUCCGUCGCUGAGAGUUCGGAUUUGCUGUUGAGGUCAUGCUGACUGGAAAUCAAAACGACUAUACUGUAUACCAAACUUCUGUACUUUUUUUUUUUCUCUUUUUUUUUUUUUAAAUUGUUUUUUUUUGUUAAGUUUAAGAUUCCUGAAGUAGACACGAGCCACAAGCACUGCAGACUACAUCGUCGUCCUGACUGACAAACCCCUUUGAUUUCAAAUUUUAACAGCAUAUGAAUUGAAGCUAUUAGGCCUCAGUAACAUUGGCCAUUGGGAUCUGACUCCCAUCAUAUCCCGUUUUAAAAAUCGCAGUAAAGUGGCUCAGGCAUUUCUAUGCAUGCAACACACGUCCAUGUCAAAUAAAUUACUGUAUGUUGGUAUCCUUUGAGCCUUUGAUUGCUCCUCCCCCCCAACAAUCAGGCAUGAAAUGAAAUUAAAUACAGUUUAACAUAUUUCAGUAAGGUAGGCUAAAAUAAGGAUGCGUACCUGCAGCAACACUUCAUCUUGCACUGAAACUGUGCACAAUCUCAGAGCAGACUUUUGCAGACAUAAGGGCUCAGUAAAUUUGACAUUUAAAAAAAAAAAGUGACCUUUUUUUUUUUGUUUUUUUUUUUUACCCUUCUCUGGAGAUUAUUCUAUACCACAUUAUAAAGAUUCAAAAUUGUUUAUUAAUUAAAAACCUAUAUUGUUUUAGAGUUCUGUAUCAUUUUUCUUGUUUUUUAACUUUAUCAGCUAUCGUUUUAUUUUGCUGCAGUGUCGGUGCCAUGUGGCUUGAUUUGAGGACCAGAUUUUACCUGCAUAUUAUUGGUAAAAUGAAGGUUUAAAAUUGCCACCAAUUGUUUGUUUGUUUGUUUUUUUAUUUUUUAAUGCAUGUCUCAACUGGUUCAGAAAAUUUACCAAGGUGAAUUUUGUUCACCUCCCUUGGUUAUGCACCGUUCUCUGUUCCUUAACAAAUCCAUUUUUCUUCAGAUUUAAUGUUGACACAUUUUACACCUCUCAAGGAUGCUCUGCUGAUUCAUAUGAACAGUUGAACUUUGUGGAAGCUUUGACAAACAACACAUCAGAUGCUGUAAGUUUCAUCAUAUCUGUAUGUUUACUUGGACGUCAUUUUCUGACAGCUCAUGGUGCAAUGUGCGUCUGCAGAGCAGAGGUUGAGGUUGUUGAAGAAACUUGGACAGGACCUGUUGUUUUCUACUGUGCAGCUAUCAAACUGUGUAGCUCAUUUCAUCAGCCUGGUGUUCAGAAGCUCUCAUUCAGUCACAAACUGUCCUUAGCCAAUGUACUGAAAAAGAGGGUUACAUUUUAUACUUCAGGCACUGUGUUAGAAUGGGACUACAUGCUAAUAAUUUAUUUCCCCUUGUAUCUUAGAUCUCUAUGCAAUUUUCUGACGGUCAUGCUGGUCACAUAAGAAACUGGGCCAAGACUCAGGAACCCAGACAUCCUGUAUCUCACCCUCAUCUCUGCUCAGACGCCCCCGUUUCAUAUCAGAGUAGUCCCUCUCCCUGGGCGAACAUUUUGCAUUCUGUACAUCCUGUAGAAACUUCUUUUAUACAAAGUAUUUCAGGUGUGGGAACCAUGGGGAUCAUCUUGCACCAAUCAAGGCACAGAUGCGUAGAGAAACUAACGUUAUAACAAAAACGCUUUGCCAAUGUAGAAGACUGUACAGUCCAUCUUGUGCUACCCGUUUCCCCUCCAACGCUGUAAAGAUCUGCCCAUGCAUUUCUUUUCAUUCUAGAGAUGUUGCCUUGAAUUGGCUAUAAAGAAGUAUAGGAUUUAAUGUUAUAAAUAUAUAAUUUAAAGAAGAAAAGACACAGAUCUUUAAUGUACUACUAAUACUUGGAUCAGUUGGUGGAUGUUCACUUGAGAAUUAAUCUGCAAAUGUGUCAGUUCAUUUGUGUAUAAGAGAGAUGUUUGUUUUCAUGCAAGACCUUCCCUAUGUCACCGUCAUGUGUAAAAUACAAGAGCGGCUGCGGCAGUCUAAUUCCCGUAGAAUGUGUUCGUCAGCUGUGAAAUCGACAUAGGGUGUGACUCUCAGUCUGACACAGGAACAUUUACUGGUGUGGAUGGACGGUCUACAUGUUUGCAUUGAUGGUUCUGUACUUUGCACCACCUUUUCUGACCAGGGAGGAGACCUUUCAUACUGAAAGUGGCUCUUACCACACUAUAGGUAAUUAUGAAGGUGCAAUAAAGUUGUGACUUUUGUGA